UGUCCUUGCUUGUUUUAUUCAGCAAUUAUUUAAUGUAGUUCAAUCAAAAACCAUAAACAGCCAUUUAAAUCAGUUAUGAUAUAGUGGGAAAUCUUAGUAAUCUGUGUUUCCUGGCAGCAACCACUGAUAGCUUCAUUAACCGUUAACUCCAUUAACCCAAGAAAGUGGAACAUUAGCCUUGAAGGGGUUUUUACACAUUUUAACAAUCUUUCAAAUUUCCUUUUUCUUCUUCCUCAUUUUUUUUUCCCAUGACAAUAAGCUAAUAACAAACUGAUUGGAGUACAGAUAGGAGGGAUUUAUAAGUGAAGAAGCCUUCCUCCAGCAUUUAAAGGUUCUGACACUUAAUUUUAAGAGAAACAUUUCUCUAAGGAAAACAGCACUGUGUGUGGAACACUAUGGAAGAAAAAAUGAAAGAAAACCAGCUGAGAAAGUCGUGGGACACGUGUAGAGAAGUUCCAUAUAUUCAAGAUGAACUAAAAACCCCAAAACGACUCAGUUUUAUGAAAUGGCUCUGCUGGAGCAUAGUUGGUACACUGGUGUUUGCUCUAACAGUACUGAGUAAGUCAUCGUUUCUUAUUUUGGUAACACUUGGAAACAAUGUCACUAAGAGUGUACCUGAAGAGCAAAAAGCGAGUGCUCUGCUGAGUAUCGGCUGUAUGCUGGUUGGACCAAAUAUUUUGCUUCUGCUCAAGAGUCUAUGGAAAUUUAUUUUCAAAAGUGCAAUUAAACCAUCCAAGAAAACAGUCAUGUGGGUGAUCUUUGUUGAGUUUUUGGUGUCAUUUGGUGAGGUGGUACUGACAGUGAUGGCCAUGCCAUAUUUUGACAUUAUUACUAAUGUGAUGAUCUUGAACAGUGUGAGCAUCCUGUCAGCAGUCUUCCAGGUGGUCGAUCAAUUCCGUGCCAGAUGUAAAAGAGAAAGUGAAUCAUUCCAACCAAUGUCCUGCAAAGUGGAAUGUGGAAAGUGGCUCAGACCAAUUGCUUCCAUCAUCUUCAUUAUUCUGGGCUACAUCCUCUUCAUAAUAAACUACUUAGUAAUAGAAGAAAACUCCUUUCAAGUUAAAAGAGCUGUGUGUCUGGCCAUUGUAGGAACAGUUUUCGUUUCAUUGAACUGGUGGGAGAACUACAGCAGUCUGUUUCCAUUUUUGGAAGACAUUUCCAAAGACAUAGCCAGUUCCCAGAAUGUGGUUUGCAUUCUGUCCAGUGUGGUGAAAGUCCUGGUCACUGCAGCUGUUGUUGUAUAUAAUGUUCCUCUAAACUUGAUCCCUACAAGUGUGAAUAGGACAGUCUUUGGAUUGAUGGCAGUCCAGAUUGUUUCUUCUGCAAUGUGCCGCUGGUUUGUAGUGGUGGCUUGCAAGAUACAUGCCCUGCGUCGUUGUUUUGUUGUGCCCAUGUACUUGUCCUCUGUCGCUGUCAUGCUACUGUUUAUUGGUCUGUUUGCCCCUAUUGUUCAUUGCCCUAAUUCAAAUAGUAAACUUUUUACAAGUGAGCAGUUGUAUAACCAGACUUACAGUAUUAUUCCACUCUGUUCAUUGAUUACCAACAUCAGGCACACACUUUCCACACGCCGUAUUGUGUCAGAAAUGAAUGUUGAAGGAUUGGUGGUUCUUGCCCUGUGUGCCUUUAGCUGGUGGCUGGGAUUCAUGCUAAGCACUGGUUACAUUUGGUUUCUGAAGAUCCAGCGCAUCGAGAGAACUCAUGAUCUGUUUGUGAAGCAGAUGUAUGAGGGAGCAUUUCUAGAACAGUCCAUGUUGCUUAACACACGUUUUGUGGCCAGGGAGAAAAAGAAGGAUGAAAGGUCAAAAGGCCCGGUAUCAGUCUAUUUGUGUGCAACAAUGUGGCAUGAGACGUAUGAUGAAAUGAUUAAAAUUCUCAUCUCAAUGUUCAGGCUCGACAAAUUCCGUCCGAAAAUCAAUAACUACAAUGAUGCUUUCUUCGAGUUUCAUAUUUACUUUGACGAUGCUUUUAAGGAUGUGCAGAAUGGCAAAGUGCGACAUGUAAACGAAUAUGCUGAGACCCUAGUGGAAGUAGUCAAAGAGGUUUACACAAUUUUUAGUGAGGAUGACCCAUGUAUAUUCAAGAAGAAGCCCUGCCUCCCUCAGCAGAAGAUCAUCAGCACACCAUAUGGAGGUCGUCUGGAAUACACACUUCCUAAAGGCAACAUAAUGAUGGUUCACCUCAAGGACAAACAGCUGAUUCGACACAAAAAGAGAUGGUCCCAGAUCAUGUACUUAUACUACCUACUUGGUUGGAGACUUAAUGGCAAGUACCUGAAGAUGUUUGAGAAGGGUGGACAUGUAGAUGAACUGAGGGAACAUCUAAAGAAAGAGAAAGAGAACACAUACAUCUUGGCUCUGGAUGGAGACACAGAUUUCCAGCCCUCUGCUGUGAUGUUACUGAUUGACAGACUUAAACUCUACCCAGAGGUGGGAGCUGCGUGUGGCCGGAUUCACCCCACUGGCACGGGGCCCAUGGUGUGGUAUCAGAAAUUUGAGUAUGCAGUGGGCCACUGGCUGCAGAAGACAGCAGAGCAUGUGAUUGGCUGUGUGCUCUGUAGCCCUGGUUGCUUUAGUCUCUUCAGAGGUGCUGCCCUCAUGGACGAUAACGUCAUGAAGAGAUACACCACCAAACCAACAGAAGCCAUUCACCAUGUACAGUACGACCAAGGAGAGGACCGCUGGCUCUGCACUCUCUUAGUACAGCAGGGUUGGCGGGUGGAGUAUAAUGCUGCGUCAGACGCCUACACUAACGCACCACAGGACUUCAAAGAGUUCUACAACCAGCGGCGGCGCUGGGGGCCCUCCACCAUGGCCAACACCAUCGAUCUGCUCGGCUCUGGGGGCUUGACCGCUCAGAGGAACAGCUCUAUCUCUAAACCUUACAUCGUUUAUCAGGUCAUCAGCAUGGGUGCGUCCAUUCUGGGCCCUGCCACCAUCUGCCUGAUGAUAGCAGGAAGCUUUAAUUUCAUAGUAAAUAUGGAUCAAAAGGUUGCUCUCAUUGCAGCCACGGUGCCUCCAACAAUCUACCUGGCACUGUGCUUCAAGCUGAAAGCUGACACCCAAAUCCAGAUAGCAGCAGUCAUGAGUGUUUUGUAUGCGUUCCUCAUGACUGGAACUAUUCUCUCAAUCAUAGGAGACAUAGUGAAGAAUGAGACAUUUAUGACCCCCAGUGGCCUGUUUCUGAUUAGCAUGACUCUACUGUACCUCAUCACAGCAGCUCUUCACCCUCAGGAGCUUUCUCUGCUCAUCUAUGGGGUUCUCUAUUUCCUCUGUAUACCCAGUGGCUAUCUCCUGCUUUCUAUUUACUCCAUCGUGAAUAUGAACAAUGUCUCAUGGGGGACACGAGAGACUGGGGGCAAAGUGGAAACUGUAGCAGUGAGCGCCAUAAAGAGGAGGGUCAAACAGGCAGCAUGCUGUAAAUACCCCUGCUGGAAUACCAGUGAUGAUACAAUUGAAAUUGAGCCACUGCUGAGCUCUGUAGUGUCAGAGGAGCAAGAUCUUAAGAUCCACACUGAUUCUGAAGAAAAUGAAAGUUCAAAUAAAUACUUCACAUUACAAACUCCUAGAAGCUGGAUUGAAGAUCUGCAAGGAAAAUUUCAUGACUUUCCACUUCACCAGGACAUACUCUCAGAGGAUGAAACUGAGUUUUGGAAAGAUCUGCAAAAACAGUAUUUAGAACCUCUUAAAGAGAACAAAGAGCAACAGGAAAAAGUCGCUGAAGACCUCAAAGAGCUUAGAAACAAGGUGACAUUUGUCUUCUUCAUCUGCAAUGCUCUUUGGUUGAUAGCCACCUUGUUCCUCCAAGCUAUUGGCCAGCCUGUGGCCUUGGCUAUUCCAAAGAUAUAUCCAAAUGGGACUGUUGCAAAAGGCGAAACAUUUUCUGUUGAUCCAAUAUCACUGAUGUUUCUUCUGAGCUUUGCCUUGCUCUUACUUAUGCAAUUUUUAGCCAUGCUUUAUCACAGAAUCUACACAUUAAUCCACUUUGUGGCCUACCUUGGCACUGAGAUUGAAACUGUUAGGAAAUCAACUGUACCCAGUCAUGAAAAAAUGGUUCCUAAAUCUUCAGAAGCUAAGAUUAAGUCUAGCACACCACUGGAAAUGGCUUCAUAUGAAGAGAUCCCAGCUGCUACAGAAGAGAUCUUUAAAGCAACUUUAUUAUAAGAUGUCAAAACAAGAAACCAUGCUUAACUCAGUUGAAGGACACUCUGUCUGUUCAAUGCAUUACAGUAGAUGAAAUAAUUUUAUUUAGAAUAAAAUCCAAUAAACAGAUGCUCCUACAAUGUAUGGUUGCACCUAUGUGCUAUAAAUAUACUAGACUUCUAGUUACACUUGAAAUCCAUUGCAUGGUGUCUCUGGUUGGUUGUGCUGUUGGCAGACAACAUCUCAUCUGCCUCAUAAAAGCAACAGACUGUAGCUCUUUUACACACUGUGUCCUCUUCACACAUUGUGGUGUAGCAAAUCUUAAGGUUAACACAUACACCAGUAUGUCAUGGUAACAAAUACCACCAUUAUUGACCAUUGGUAUUUAAUACUUGCUUCUUAUUUAUUGAUUGAUUCAUGAUUUUGUUAAUGUUACAAACCCUUUUUUUAGUUGUCUAGGGAAACGGUGCAACAUUAAAACACUGAACGUGUACUGGAAAAUAAUUAGAAACAUCAUAUAUCCAUCCAUCCAUCCAUCUUCUACCGCUUAUCCGGGGCCGGGUCGCGGGGGCAGCAGUCUGAGCAGGGACACCCAGACUUCCCUCUCCCCAGACACUUCCUCCAGCUCCUCUGGGGGAAUACCGAGGCGUUCCCAGGCCAGCCGAGAGACAUAGUCCCUCCAGCGUGUCCUAGGUCUUCCCCGGGGCCUCCUCCCAGUUGGACAUGCCCAGAACACCUCCCCAGGGAGGCGUCCAGGAAGCAUCCGGAAGAGAUGCCCGAGCCACCUCAGCUGACUCCUCUCGAUGUGGAGGAGCAGCGGCUCUACUCUGAGCUCCUCCCGAGUGACCGAGCUCCUCACCCUAUCUCUAAGGGAGCGCCCAGCUACCUUGCUGAGGAAACUCAUUUCAGCCGCCUGUAUGCGGGAUCUUGUCCUUUCUGUCAUGACCCAAAGCUCAUGACCAUAGGUGAGGGUAGGAACGUAGAUCGACUGGUAAAUACCACAACAGACCGGUAUAUCGACCGCAUCACUGCAGAAGAUACACCAAUCCGCCUGUCAAUCUCCCGCUCCAUCCUUCCCUCACUCGUGAACAAGACCCCAAGAUACUUAAACUCCUCCACUUGAGGCAGGAGCUUUCCACCAACCUGAAGGGGGCAAGCCACCCUUUUCCGGCUGAGAACCAUGGCCUCGGACUUGGAGGUGCUGAUUCUCAUCCCCGCCGCUUCACACUCGGCUGCAAACCGUCCCAGUGCACGCUGAAGGUCCUGAUUUGAAGAAGCUAACAGGACAACAUCAUCUGCAAAAAGCAGAGACGAAAUCCCGUGGUCCCCAAACUCCCUCCGGUGGUCCGUGGACUCCCUCCGGCCCCCGACUGCGCCUAGAAAUCCUGUCCAUAUAAAUAAUGAACAGGACCGGUGACAAAGGGCAGCCCUGCCGGAGUCCAACAUGCACCGGGAACAAGUCUGACUUACUGCCGGCAAUGCGAACCAAACUCCUGCGCCGGUCAUAUAGGGACCGGACAGCCCUUAGCAGAGGGCCCCGGACCCCAUACUCUCAGAGCACCCCCCACAGAUCACCACGAGGGACACAGUCGAAUGCCUUCUCCAGAUCCACAAAGCACAUGUGGACUGGUUGGGCAAACUCCCAUGAACCCUUCAGCAACCUGGUGAGGGUAUAGAGAUGGUCCAGUGUUCCACGACCGAGACGAAACCUGCAUUGUUCCUCCUAAUCCGAGGUUCGACUAUCGGACGAAUUCUUCUCUCCAGUACCCUGGCAUAGACUUUUCCGGGGAGGCUGAGGAGUGUGAUCCCCCUGUAGUUGGAACACACCCUCUGGUCCCCCUUCUUAAACAGAGGGACCACCACCCCAGUCUGCCAGUCCAGAGGCACUGUCCCCAACCGUCAACCAAGACAGCCCCACAACAUCCAGAGACUUGAGGUACUCAGGGCGGAUCUCAUCCACCCCCGGUGCCUUGCCACUGAGGAGCUUCUCAACCACCUCAGUGACCUCAGCUUGGGGGAUCGACGAGUCCUCAACCGAGCCCUCUGCCUC